AUUUCCACUCCCUUAGCUCAAGAACACAAGAACAAAGAACAAAUGGGAAGGGGAAAGAUUGAAAUCAAGAGGAUUGAGAACUCAAGCAACAGGCAAGUGACCUAUUCAAAGAGAAGAAAUGGUAUCAUCAAGAAGGCCAAAGAGAUCACUGUUCUUUGUGAUGCUCAAGUUUCUCUUGUGGUGUUUGCUAGCUCUGGCAAAAUGCAUGAGUAUUGUAGCCCUUCUACACCGUUGAUUGAUAUCUUGGAUAAGUAUCAUAAGCAAUCGGGGAAGAGGCUGUGGGAUGCUAAACAUGAGAAUUUAAGCAAUGAAAUGGAUAGGGUUAAGAAAGAAAAUGACAACAUGCAGAUUGAGCUCAGGCGUUUGAGAGGAGAAGAUAUAACAUCUUUGAACUACAAGGAGCUAAUGGCUCUUGAAGAAGCCCUUGAAAAUGGCCUUACUGGUGUUCGUGAGAAGCAGUCGGAGCUCAUGAAGAUGAUGAGGACAAAUGAAAGAAUGAUGGAAGAAGAGAACAAGCGCCUCAAUUAUGAGCUGUGCAGUACCAAAAGGAGAUGGUAGCAAUGGGAGAUGGUGUGGAUAAUGGAUAUAAUCAAAGGAUGAGAGAUUUCAAUUCUCAAAUGCCCUUUGCGUUCAGAGUGCAGCCCAUUCAGCCAAACCUACAAGAAAGGAACAAUUAAUCAUGUUUUAUAUCAUAUAUAUCAUAUAUAUAUCAUAUGUUAUAUUAUAUUAUAUGCUUUUGGAGUCUAAACUCUUUAUGAAGUCUUGGAUUUUAAUUAUAUGUAAAACUUUGGGUUAAAUUUUAUGAUAUGAUCUGAACUUUUAAUA